AGAGAUUUAGGACAAUUUUUCCAAUACAGUAUACUAGAAUUGAGUUAAGUUAUGAUUGUUUUUAGUCAGAGUGGCACCUCAGACAUCAAUGCAGGAGUGAUGAUAAACCUCAAAGUACUGAAUCUUUUGACAUCACAAUAUAUAUGGAGUGUUAAGGCCGCAUUGAAAACAAAACAAAAGGUAAUUAAAAAAAGCUCCACAUUUGUCAUUCUGACACACUUAUGGUUACCACUGUGCGCUUUUCUCCCAUCCCUCCCCAAACACAUCAUACAUACUUAUGACUUUAAUCUUUAAAACUUACGAUUUCAUCCUUGUGAUCUUACUACUUUAUUCUUGUAAUUUUUCAUAUUUGUUUUUAUCCUUAACGUGGCUCUUUAAUUUCACCAUACUUAAUAAUUAUGAAGGUUCUUUUGGGAGAAAGAAAAAGUUUACUUAUUAUCAGUGCACCAGCAGAGGCAAUAAGAACAUCCCUUUAAGUUCUUGUUUUUGAUACUCAGCAGUGGUGGUCCCUACAUUUUACAGAUAUGAUUUUAAUAUACUGGUUUGAGCAUAUAUAAGAUAUUUUGUAUCCCGCCAAAGUGUAUGCUGUUAAGAAAAUUGAUUGUGACUUAUUUUAUUUUAUUUUUUGAACCUUUCGUGACCCAUGCAUGGGUUCCAACCCAGAUCUUUAUCAUCAGUGCUAUACAAUAUUACAGGGUUUAUAAUUUAUCACUUAAUAAAACAUUUGACACAUAGUUCGUUUUUGUUUGUAUAUAAAUCAUCAUUAGAAGUGUGUGCGCCCUGAAUAGACUUGCUGUGGUUCUAUUUUUCUAUUUCCGGUGCUCGUACGUCGCUCCCUCCCCGCUCUCUCUCCUCUAAGUCUGCUGUCAGUUCUCCAUCGUCACUCUCUCCUGGUGCGUCUCUCUGCCGUCUCUCAUUCUAGGCAAAAGUUUGUAUACAGAAUAAAGCGUGACGUCGGCCGCUGAAUGGGUUUACGGUAACUUCAGUGUUAGUGUUUGGGUCACUCUGGUCACAGACAUGGAACCCCCGGACUUCGAAGCCAUGAACUACACGGUGGAGCAGGUGCCGCCGAUGUACCCACUGUGUGAGGAGUGGAGGGAAGGAGCGGAGGGCGCCGUCUUCCACCUGGCCAACAUCUUCCUCUUCCUCGGCUUCAUGGGUGGCAGCGGCUUCUACGGACUCCUCUACCUGUUCACCUUCCUCGCACUGGGCUUCUUCUGCUCCACGCUGUGGGCUUGGUCGGACCCCUGCACCACCGACACGUUCCUGUGGAGUUUCGCUCUGUUCGGCGUCACUUUGGGGCAGGUGCUGCACGUCGCCCACCGCCUGCGGAGCGUCUCCUUCGAGAGGGAGUUCCAGGACCUCUACCAGCACCUCUUCCAGAAGCUCGGGGUGUCACUUUCCCAGUUCGGGAAGAUAAUAGCUUGCUGCGACAGUGACAUCCACACUUUGGAGACGAACAACUGCUUUGCCAUCGAGGGAAAAACCCCCAUCGACAAACUGUCGGUGCUGCUGUCCGGCAGAGUGUGUGUGACUGUAAAUGGAGAGUUCCUGCAUUACAUCCACCCCUUCCAGUUUCUGGAUUCGCCUGAGUGGGACUCCCUCAGACCAGCAGAGGAGGGCAUUUUUCAGGUGACUUUACGUGCCGAUGACCCUUGUCGGUACGUGGCGUGGAAGAGAAAGAAACUCUAUCUGCUUUUCGCCAAACAUCGCUACAUUGCCAAGAUCUUUGCCCUGAUUGUGCGAAAUGACAUUGCAGAGAAGCUGUACUCCCUGAACGACAAGGCUUUCAACGAGUCCGGCCAUCGCUACGAUCUCCGGUUACCCAGUUACUGUCACAUGCCAGGGCCUGAAUUAGAAAAGGCAGAUGUCUUACAAGUGCCAGUGCAGAGUGGAAGGACUGCCUAAAAACACACACAUGUUCACACUGCUCCAGACUUGACUUGUUUGUAACCGACUCACUAUGAGCAGGAAAAUAAUGUAAAUAUAAUGUUAAUGAAGAAUGUGAGGUGAGCCUUAAUAAAUGUAAAUAUGUGUGUGGUAGUUACUGUAGGAGAGCAGGUCAACCUGCCAUUGAUCUUGUCAACUCAAGCGGAGAUAAUAUCCUCAAGAGACUGAUAUCUGGGAACUCUCACACAACUCCAAAGGCUUGUAAAGUUGCCAUUUUUGCCUCCAUGGAUGUGAGACGUUGAAGAACUAAACUACUUGGCCUUUUUCAAUCUGACUUAUCAUGCAGUGAUCCGAUUUAUUCACUUCUUGAUAUGUGUUAAAAUGACAAAUAAAUGUCACACUCUUUACUAGCAUUUGAUGCUUUUUUGUGUCCAUACAAUCAAUAGGCUGCUUUAAUGUGGUAAAUGUUGCAUCUUACUAUGAUGAUCCUGUGAUUUUGAGUAAACAUAUUAAAUCUUCACUAUGACUUGAACAGUCACCGCAGUGAGCCGUGUGUGUCUUUGUGUUAGUAAAUGGUUUCUGUUGCAAAAAAGGACUGAACUGAACACAACAAAUGUCUGUUUUAAACAACUAAACAACACAAAAGUAGAAGUCAACUUCUGUGUUUUACGAGUACAGAAACCGGAGAAAGCUUGAAGAAGUACUUGGGCAUUUACACCCUGUGAGAAACUUUAAUUAGAAUAAAUGGGCUGUCACCUCGGACAACAGAAUCCAGUUCUCUAAAUACAUAUGUGGUUGUUUGCCAAAAUAAAAUCUGAUCCUCAAAAAGUCAAAGACUGUAAGACUAGUAGCUGUGAAAAGACUUCAGUGACAUAUCAAGAUAUAAGCAAUAACAAUUGUUGAAUCUGAUUCAUUCAUGAGCAAGUAACGAUGGGGACACUGUAUCUUUCACUGAGUGUCA